AUGAUCGUCGUCCCGCGGCGCGCAGGACGGCGCCGCGCGAACCUUCGCGUGCGGGCUUCCGUGGAGCAGAAAGGAUCUUGCAUGGACAUGUAUUUCACGAUGAUCAACGUGACAGGCACAUGGGCGUUUUCGCAGCACGGCAAGUCUGGCAAGCGGUAUUCCGCUCGGAUGCCCGGUCGCAAGAGGAGCACAGGUUGGAAGAAAUAUGGCGCCGUGUCCCUCAAGGUCGUUUGGGGGCAUACGCCCCAGGGAGUGCGUUAUCUGAACUUGUUCGCCAAGAACUUGAAGAAUCUAAGGUUCGACGUGGGGGGGCUUCUAGGAGAGGAUGAUCACGCUGCAGCGGCGACGCCGAAGCCUGGGUGCCGCACCAUGAUGGCGCUGUAG